UCAUUAUAAAUUCUAAAAUGAUUGUGUUUAGAAAUAUAUUAAAUAAUUAUUUAAUAUAUGUAUAUAUACAUAUAUAAAUUUUAAAAACAUAUAUUAUCAUUUAUAUAAGAUAAUUUUUUUUUUCAAACCAAAAAUGAAUAUCCGCGCGGGUGCGCGGAUCAAGCUCUAGUUUGUUUUUAAAAUGGAAAUCUGAUCAAGUAAUAUAAUACGUUUCAGUGGAGACUAGUUUAGAUUUCUUAUUUAGGAUUGCUGGAGACAAAAGAAAGCUUAGGGUGAUAGUUUCUAUUUCAAGAAAAUGUAGGCUAUAAACAAAAUAAAACCAGAAGUAUGAGGGGCAUUCUCUGACCGUUACGCGGAACACUUGUUGCUUGUGCUAUUAUUAUAAAAGCAGACAUUGUUUGUAGUUUUUACGCUAGACUCUGUGUGACCCAACGAAAAAGUUAAAAGAAACACACAAGAAAAAAGAAUAAUAAGAAGAUGAAACUUAUUUGGUCACCGGAAACAGCAUCAAAGGCUUACAUCGACACCGUUAAAUCGUGCGAGAAGCUUGGAACGCCAGGACCGGCGGAGCUAGUAGCGGCUAUGGCGGCGGGGUGGAACGCGACUCUAAUCGUGGAAACAUGGUCCGAAGGAGAAACCAUAGCCAUAAGUGUCGGCUUAAAUGUAGCGAGCCAACACACAAACGCAAGACACAUGUGUAUUGUACCAAACGCAAUAUCAGAAGCCGCUUAUCUUGAAGCCAUGACACAACAAUAUUGCUCCACCUUGCCUGAAACAAUCAUUAUGAACGAGGAAGAAGAAGGAAACUCCGAGAACACGAUGCAGAUGCUGCAAGGAAUCGAUUUCUUGGUGAUUGAUUGGGAUCAAAAGGAUUUUGCAGCAAACGUUUUGAGAAACGCUGCGUUUGGUAGCAGAGGAGCUGUUGUGGUGUGCAGAAGCGGUUACAGGAGAAGCACGUCUUGUUUCAGUUGGACAAAAGCGUUUAGUGAUCGGAACGUUGUGAGAACGGUGACUCUUCCGGUUUCUGGUGGUCUAGAAAUUGCUCAUGUGGCUGCAGCAAGAAGCUCUGGGAAGAAUGAUAACAACAACAAGAGAAAAUGGAUCAAACAUAUUGAUCAAAGAUCAGGAGAAGAACAUGUUAUUAGAAAGUAAAAAAAAUAAAUAUAAAACAAUAUAGACAAAGUGUGUAAUGAUAUGUUUGAUAUUUUUAUGAGAGUGAUUUGUACAGAAAGCAAUUGUUAUUGGAAGAUUUGAUUGUUAUAUUUAGGCGUGGGACUUCGGAUAUUCCGUUCGGGUUCGGAUAGGAUCCGAUCGGGUUCGGGUUUUCG